CCGCACAAGCCCUCCGCCACGCCUUCCUCCACCCUCCGCAAAUUGAGCGAUUGUCCUUUCAGAGAUAUCAAUUUCUUCGGAGGCAGCUACGAUCUAGAUUCAUCCAUUAUUCCGGACCCCGGGAAAGCAGGGGUCGUUCAGAAUGAGGCCAUUCAGGCCGAGACAAUACAGAUUGUGAACGAGAAUGGCGGCCUCGAUCCGCCUGUACGCACUGCUGAUGUCUUGAGCUCCUUGCAGCGCAGUGAAUAUACUCUCGUGCAAGUGGCACCAGGCGGAGAUGGUCGACCCCCGGUGUGCAAGAUUCUGAGCAAAAAGAUGAUGCGCGAGCAGGAAAAGGCAAAAGCAAAGGCUGCGCAUGCGGCCAAGACGUCGACGAAACAGAUCGAAUUGAACUGGGCCAUCGAUCAGCAUGACCUUGCCCACCGCCUAAAGCAACUGGCGUCGUUCAUCGAGAAGGGCCGGAGAGUCGAAUUGAUAUUGACCCGGAAAAAGGAAAGCGGGCGCCUACGGCAGAAGAAGUAA